AUGGUACACGAGAAGAGGAUGCAAGGUCGGGAUUCACCGAUAGUCGAGGUUUCACGCGAAGCAAAUCCACGACCGUUGACUACGGAUAACCAGGAUCCGAAGAGAGCGGAAGCAACAUCGCCGACUACUACCAGCAAGCCUCCAAGUCCUACCAGUCCUACAGGGUCUCGCAUACCACAAAUCACAUCUCUUAUUAGACACUCUAUGGAGAGCAAAGAUCUCGGUGAUCUACCAACUCCAACACCAAAGGAUGAAUGGGCAGGUUUUGAAAUGCAGAGAAUCCAGGGCCGCUCUGGUAGUCGAUUCAGCUCCAGCUCCAAGAAGCGCCAAAGCGUUUCGAAUCCUGAGGAACAGGUACACAUGGCAGGCUGCUCACAUCACUCGCCUUCGCUAUCUAGUGAUUUUCGGAACGAUACUCUUGCGGAUGGGACUAGGGUAUCAGGAAGCUCAGAUCCCGCACCUCAGACAGCUGGGCAAGGGCAGAGUGGCUUUGUCGAUACUUUGCACCAGUUCUCCUAUAACUCGAAGGAUAGUCCUGGUUCUACAAGCACAAGAGAAACUAGUGAGCAUGAACUUCGAGCAGCUGGUGAUAGCCAUGUCUCAGAUACAGGGCGCGGUACUAUUCAGUAUCAGAAUGACAACACCAGGUUGUCCACCAACGAACAUUGGGGAAAGGAGUAUGCAGCGCCGACACCUACAGUGCCAUGGGAACGCGGUGCACGCGAGGAGAUGAAAUAUUUCUCCCUGGUCAAGAACAUGGUCAAGGAGAAGAACGCUGAAUUACAGCAUGAGAUGAAGCUUGGGUUAGCGAGGAGAGUUCCCCCUCGAGCACACACAUCAUCCUUUGCUGCUCAUACAAAGGCGUCCAUGGCAAAGCAGAAUGAGAAAAUAGAGCAUACUUUGAGAAAACAGGAUUCGCCGACUCGUGAAACGGCCAUACUGGAGAGUGAGAAUCUUCGGGCGGCAAUUACAGACCUGGAGACAAACAUCGCAGUCAUGCGCCAGGAGCUCGACAUGAAAUCUGCAGAACUCAUAAGUGCGAACCUUCGCGCUGAUCAAGCAGAGGCAGAACGUGAAACUUCAAGUGCAACUCUUGGAACGAUACGAAUGAACAUAGAACAUGUGUGUAGCAUUAUGGAUCAGGGGGUUCAGACUUUGUCUGGAAGCACGACCGUUGACUGGAACGCGUUCGAGGGCCUUGUACAAAGUCUAGUCAACUCUGGCCAUACUCCUAAUGCUCUUCACUCGAAUAUUGUUCAGCUCGUACAACGGUUCCACAGCACUAUACAGUCUCUACAAACAGAAAACCUAGAGCUCCAAAGCCUUCUUUCGAGUAGAGAAUCCGACCUUGCUGUUGCGAAACCCACAGCUCAAAGAGAACGAAAAGAUACACUUGUUGACAUGGCCGAAGAGAAUCCAGCCUGGCAAACCGACAGAGACACAUUCAAGAAGUUGUUCGAAGAUGAGCGAGCAAGGCGAAAGGCUGUAGAAGCAAGAUUCCAAAAGUUCAAAGAGACGGCCGAGAAGUAUUACCAGCCAGAUCUUGAAAGAAAGAAUCGAGAGCUCUGGAUCGAUCUCACGAGAGCACGAGACGAAAACGCCGUGCUGCGCGAACACGUCAAGAAGCACCAGGCUAGAGCACAGCAGUGGCAAAACGAAUACGACCUCGUAAAGUACGAGCGCGAUAUCCGCGCAGCUGGGUUCGAAGAACACAUCCAAAAUCAGCAAAACGAGAUAUCCUUCUACAUCAAGGAGUAUCACGACAAGACACACGACCCCGAUCACUGGCAAAUUGAAGGCCUGCAGAGAAAAGUCCACACUUUGGAAAGGGAACUACAGACCACAAACGACAUGUUCGGACAGGCGAAGCGAGCCAAGGCGAGACUAGAAGACGAAGUGGGAAGACUAAUGGAUGCAAAUAAACGAAGAGAGAAGAACAUUGCGAGGUUGGGAAAGGCGUGGAUCACCGGUAGCUCUGCACCUACACUUGUGGACACGGCGUCCUCGGACGCAGGCUCUCCUGCUUCCUUGACCGACUCUGCCUCCUCGUCCUCGUUACUCUGGCUCACAAGUCCUAGGAAAGUAGACGAGGGCCCGAGAAUUCCGCGCUGCCACUUGCCACUUGGGAUCGAGAAGCGUGAGGGGAUUAUGAUGCAGUUCCGCAAAGACCAACAGAAGAGGAGAGAAGAAGAUGAGGCACGGUAUCAGGAGUCGGUGAAGAAGGAUGGCUGGGAGAGGUUUGAAGAAUAG